UAUCGAUAUCAAGGAGAAUCGGAAGGGCAUAAUUUCGAAGUGUGUGUACAUUUAGUUAAAAAAUUAGAAAAAUUAUUGAUAGUAGUUAAAAAUGUUUCGGCAUUUGGGAAAGUAUUUAAUACAAAGUGCUCGCUCAAAUUUAAUACCCUCUGCCAAAACUUGUAAUCCAAUUGCUGUUUCAGCCCUUAGAUACUCUUCGAAAAAAGAAGAAUCUGAUGAGGAAUUUGAUGCCCGUUAUGAAGCUUAUUUUAAUCGACCGGAUAUUGAUGAAUGGGAGAUCCGCAAGGCCAUGAAUGAUCUCCAGGGUAUGGACUUGGUUCCAGAACCUAAAAUUAUCAUUGCUGCCCUCAAAGCUUGUAGGAGAUUAAAUGACUAUGCUCUUGCUGUAAGGUUUCUAGAAGGUGUUAAGGAUAAAUGUGGCAUUCGUGUGAAGGAAAUAUAUCCUUAUAUUCUGCAAGAGAUCAGGCCUACUUUGGAUGAACUGGGUGUUUUAACACCAGAAGAAAUGGGAUAUGAUAAACCUGAACUUUGGAUGCCAGAUGUUUGGGAGAAGCCUAUGUUUAGAGGGAAAAGUUCAUGAAUUUAGAUUAUCCAAUAGAGAAUAUGCUCUCAACUAGUUGUAAAGAAUUAGUUGUUUUAAAUCAAGAUAAUUUGCGCUGCAAAAAAGAGUGGUACAUUGAAAAUCUUAUUGUACCAAUAAAAAUUGUAAAAGUC